AUGCACGGCGAGUCGGAGAAGAAAGAACCUGUAGCUGAAGCUACCACUAACAACAGUGACACCGCCUCUAUCGAGAAAACUGCAGGUGUCGCGAAAAUCGAAGGAGUGACACUGGCAUGGUCGAAAGUGGGCCUGUGGACCGCAUGGGCGGGUAUCAUGCUGUUAGCUGUCGCGGUCUCUUUGGAUUCCCAGACCAUCUACUCCUACCAGCCAAUGGCAACUUCAACAUUCGGAGCACAUUCUCUCCUUGCGACUAUUGGUACCGUGCAGAAUAUUAUGUAUGCUGUAACAAAGCCGCCAGUUGCAAAGAUUGCCGAUGUUUUUGGUCGUUUUGAAGCUUUCACCUUCUCCGUCGUCUUGCUCACUCUUGGUUUUAUCCUUGAGGCCGCUUCGCAGGACAUAGGAACAUUUGCUGCAGCUCAAAUCUUCUAUGUCGCCGGUCAAGUCGGUAUUCAGUUCAUGCAGCAGAUUUUUGCGGCUGAUACCACCAACCUUAAAUGGCGUGCCCUUUUCAACGCUCUUCCCUUGGCCCCCUUCCUCUUCACCACAUGGUGCGGCGCCCCAAUCGUCGAGCGUGUCUUGAGAGAUAGCACCUGGCGUUGGGGAUACGGAAUGUAUGCUAUCAUCAUUCCCGCCUGUGCGAUUCCCCUCCUCAUCUCUCUCGGAUACCAUCAGCACAAAGCUUCCAAAGCUGGUGUCAUCUCCAACAAAGACAAGAACAGCGCCUUGCUACGUGAUCCAGUUGCUUUGUUCUCACAGCUCGAUAUCCUUGGUCUCACUUUAUUCACCGCUGGUCUUACACUGGUGUUGCUGCCCAUGACGUUGGCAGCUAGGUACCCUGAUAAGUGGGCAAGCUCCCACAUCAUUGUCAUGUUGGUUGUCGGUGUCAUCUGCUUGAUUGUGUUCCCUAUUUGGGAGGUAUACUUUGCAAAGACACCCAUUCUUUCCCUGGAUCUCCUCAAAGAUAGAACCGUCCUUGGUGGUUGUGGUGUUGUUUUCUUUGCCUUCUGCGCAUUUUACAUUUACCAGCCAUACUUCUACUCAUACCUCGUGGUUGUUCGUGGCCACUCCUACAAGGCGGCCACCAACAUCGUCCUUGCGUCCAGUUUCGCCUCCACAGCAUCAGGUCUCAUUAUUGCCUUUGCAGUCCGAUACACUGGUAACUACAAGUGGGUUGUAGUGGCUGGUAUCUGCAUCAAAAUUAUCGGUGGUGGUCUCAUGUUCAGAUACAGAGACAUUGAUUCCAGCACUGCGCAAUUGGUGAUGGGACAGGUUAUCUUUGGUAUCGGUACUGGUUUGUUGAACGUUAUUCAGGUCGGUGUACAGGCAGCUGUUAAGCACAGAGACGUCGCUUCCGUCACCGCGCUUCUUGCAACAGGAUACUCUGUCGGCGGAGCAGUUGGAGACUCCAUCUCCGGUGGUAUCUGGACCAACCUUCUCCCUCAAAAGUUAGCACUCCACCUUCCCAACUCCAACGCUACCGAAAUUGCUUCCAUCAGGGACAACUUCGUCGUAGCCAGUUCUACAUACCUCAUGGGUUCUGCUGAGAGAACCGGAAUCAAUCGUGCAUACGAUGAAGUCAUGCGCAUCCAGCUUAUGGUUGCACUGAUUCUCUUGUUUGUCCCAUUGGGCUUCAUUGCCAUCACGAAGGAUAUCAACUUGAAGGAAGCGGAUGAGAACAACGACUACGGUGGUGUUGUUAUCGGUAACCAUGGACGCACCGGAAGGCAGCAUGACGAGGGUGUGGAGACAAAGAACUAA